AUGAGUCCGAGAGAGAACUUGCCAUGGUCGUACCAUUUGAAAAACGGCAGCAACACCCAGCACAUGAGGGCGAACCCGCAAAACUGCACCACGAUGGUCCAAUAUGGGCUAAGCAUCACCGAGGACGAGACGUUGCUCCAGUCCAACGAGAUGUUCAUGAACCCGAGUCCGCCAAGUCCUGAGCCCCAGAAGUUCACCACGUGGUUGUUUGGGGCCAUCUGUCUGCAUCAAAGCUUUGGGCCACACAAACUGCGGAUCAUACAAGACGAAGUUCCUUGCUAUAGCUCCAAAAGAGUAGCCAGUCCAAACAAUGCAGUACAUAAACGUCAGAGCCACCACUGGAUCGACCUUUCUGUUGUAAAACACUUCUGCCAAAGACAGACCGGCAGUUCCCUGGUUUCCCGUGGCACCAGAAGCGGCGGUCAAGGUCACCAAAACCGACUCCUUGAUCGACCAGGGCCCAGGAUUCAGAUUAAAGCGAAACCUGCCAAUACGAACCACCUUGUUUGGAAGAACCUUGGCCAGCCACUGUCCAGCCGGAUCACACAAAAAUUGUACAAACAGAAUGCUGUACGGAGCGCUGGUCGUUCUAUAAGAAUUCAUGGUAUCAACAAAGGCCCCAGGAACCACAAACAAGAAGCUGAGCAAGAAAUACCGAAAUGUCAGGUAAUGAACCUUCUCAUUGGUCCAGGAGUCCAACUUCAGGACCUCCUGAACCGUCUUGGGGAUCUCCCGGAGAUCGUCUACGGAAUCGCGCUCAAUGCUCCCGUCACAAUCACUUUAUCUUGGUCCUCCAAAGAGUUUUGCUCAUCAGACCAGUACAACCAGUGGAUAAUCUCUUCCUUUGUGAACUCCAGCACCAGAUCGUAUCUUUUUUGGAACUUUUCGUACAGAUCCAGCACCUGGUCUGCAUCUUCUGGAACCAUUUUUCUCAGUCCUGGAGUCUUGGUUGCGGAUGGCAAAACGUAUUUGGCAAGCAUCUGCGACUUGGACACUCCUGCAGGCAACGACGAGAAACCAACCUCGUAA